CUAAACCACCAUGAGGAAUCCCUUUUCCAUCUUAGGACUUGGAUGAGGGACGCAGGUACGUUGGAAGAGUUGGAAGAGUUCUCGUUGAUCUCCAGCUGUCUUCUGAGUUGUGAUUUUUUGUUGCAAGAAAUUUCGUGCUGCGUCUUAGUUCAAACGCUCAGCAGCUUAUAUGAAGAUGGUCUUUGUCAAGCAUUGAAGUCGAAAAAGAGCAGCAAACAAGAGUUUGGUAAGUCCUGCAACAUGGAUCCGACAGGGAUGCCCCAGCAAACCGGACAGGUGACAUACCCUCCCCAGAUCAAUCAUUACCAAGGGCAGAUCCCGCCUCCGCAGCAGGGGUACAAUGUAGGGGCCCAAGGGCUGGGCGCCUUUUCCCCCCAGUAUGGAGUUGGCGGCCCAAUCCCUUUGCAGCAACAAAUGGCCCCAAUGGGGGUCCCUCAGAACAAUCUCUCGUCCACGUCAUACGGAGGGCUCCCAACAAACUCUAUGACACCGGGCGCUCCGAAUGCUGGCGCCGCGCUCUCCGGCGCCCCGAUGGUGUCAAACCAAGCCGCCUCCGAAACGGCCCCGGCGCCCUUCCCUCCUUUCUACGGCCCGCAGCUAAACCCUGCGACGGCGCAGUUCUUCUCUGUCUACGAGCCCCCCCCGCCCGUGUCGGCCCCUCCCACGGACCCUGAGGAAGCGAAACGCAUCGACAAAGUGGCGGAAUACGCGGCAAAAAACGGGCAGCAGUUUGAGGCGCUCAUGAGGGAGAAGCAGAAGGGCAACCCUGCGUACGCGUUUCUGGUGGGGGGGGAGAACAGCGGGUAUUACAGGUAUAAGCUGUGGUCGCUGCUGAACCCGCACAUCCCCCCGGAACAGAUGCACCUGGUUUACCUGCAACCGGCCCCCCAGCAGGCGGGCUUUGCAUACGGAGGAGCGCCACCGGAGGCGGCGUUUGCUGGCCAACCACCGUUUGCUCAGUUCCCCCCUCCCGCAGCAGCCCCGCCCGCGCCGUCCCUCCCCACUGACGUCAGCUCGGAGCUUGCUGACGUUUUGGAAAAGCUGACGGGAACGAAAGAGUCGAUCAAGGGCACGAAGGCCUGGUUCAUGGAACGGGUGGGGGUGCAUUUGACGGGGAUGGUCGGGGCGCUGCGAGACAGGGUGCUGAACCUCGAGGAGGUUGACAAGCAAUUGCAUGUGAUCUAUCUCGUGAACGACAUUCUGUUUAGCUGUUUGAGCCAACGGACGACCCCGUCCGAAUUGGACGCUAUCUCUCUGGACUUCAGCCCCGUCCUGGGCCAAAUGCUCGCCGCCGCUUAUAAUAACGCGACUGCUACAGAGACCAACAAGGAGCGGCUAACGAAGAUUCUCCACUUCUGGGGUUCCAAGGACGUUUUCGACUCGACGACAAUUGCAGCCCUCGAGAAAGAAAUGCAGGCCGGUCUGCCAGCUAACCCCCCCAUUUCAACUCCCCCCCACGCCCCCGUGCCCAUUCCCCCCCAGACGUACGCUCAUUCCCCCAGCCCCUACGUCCCCCCGACUUCGUGGACCCCCCCUCCCCAGCAGUACCCCAUGAUACCCCCCCAGCAGGACCCCUACCUUUUUGGGGGGCACCCUAUGCCCGCCACACAGCCCCCCCCGCAGUUCGCCCCUCGCUCCACCGGCUUCUCGUCGAGUCCCUUCCCUCCUGGGGGUGACUUCGCCCAGCCGGGUGGCCCCCCGGCGGAGCCGGAUUUUCCACCGUUCCCCCCGGGACUGAUUCCUGGGAUGGUCCGGAAAAUGCAAGUGGGCAGUGGGGUUCCGUACUCGCCGAUCAGCCCGCUCGACAUCCCGACAGUGAUCCCCCCAGCCGCGCAAACAGAGACGUACUUGAUUUCGCGGUUGAGGAAUUUCUACAAAGAAGUUGGUGUUGGGGGGGACGAUUUGGAAGUAGACGCGGGGCCCGAUGUCGAGGAGCGCAAGACGGACCGCCGAUUUACGGAUACGAAAGAGAUGCCGAUGCCGACGCUGAACAUGGAAGUGAACGCGGAAACGGGCGCGCUAGAUGACGGCAGUUUCUACGGUGGGCUUGGGACUGGGCGGGCGGGGCUUGGCGCCGCGGAACAAACAGAGGAAAAUUCUGACGAGUUCUCGUCGUAUAGGAAAGCGAGGAGUACGAACUAUCACAUGUCGAUCGGAGUACGGACGGGCUGACCUUAUGGGCUGUUUGCCAGUUGUCUGCACACCAGAUUUUGAAGUCAACUUGCAAAGCGCGUCGGCCAAGUGCGAAG